AUGCCACGUGGCCAUCAAGAGAUUGUCCCAAUUUUUUCCAAAGCUAACGAUAUUUGGGUAACCGGUCAUCAUGUACUAACCGCAAAGAUAUUCGCAGCGAAUAGAAAACAUGUCUCUGGAAUUUCUCGAGAAAUUCGAUGUUGUAAUUUCAGCAGAUUGUUUGGCCACAUAUUCAGCACGAGGGUUGGCCAGGGUCCAUGCUUAGAAUGCAUUUCUAGUCUGUAUGCACCAAGAUCUGUCGAUCGUGCCUACUGCUCGGUUAAGAACUCUUUGGAUUCUGUUCAAAGCAUCAUCUUGUGGGUGUUAUAUGUGUUGUGGGACCAGGAGUUGCCAUUUGGCGCGAUUGCUGAAUUUACGUUUGCCAAUCAAGACCAUUUGGAUUGGAUAGUCAAAAAGUGCAUGUCCAUUCAACGGCAAUCAUUUGCAGAAAGUGACUUUAUUAACGAGCUGACCUCCCUGCACAUAAUAUCUCCCGCCUCGAUCAGCAUAUCUGCCACGGUUGCAGGCAUCGCCUGCUUGCAGGCGUUUAGCCAUUCAAAAGGGAGCACCAGUUCACCCCCAACGUUCACAUAUGUUUCUUUGAGGGACUCAUCCUAUUUAAGGGAAGUUUCCUGGGAUGCUUGGAAGCAAGAUUCCUCCUCCGUCUUUUAUGACGAUUUAUUUAUCCAACAUCGAUACAACCAUCUAAAGCAGCUUAUCUCGGACAAUGAAAUCAAAAAUUUGAUCAUUUUUUUGGCCUCCGGUAUCGCUUUACUGGCAUCAUUGAUAGGGCAUAUUCGAAAUUUGGGAGGAAUUUCAAACUCCAAUUUGUACACAAAGUCGUACACGGGAACAAAAAAGCUGAUCGAAGAUUAUUUGGACAUCGUGUGUCAAUCCUUCAACGCCAUCUAUGUGUCGCAGUCCAAGGCAUCCCCAAAUUCCUAUGCACCAGACGCCGGCAACGGCACCCAUGGGUUUGACGCUUCCGCGUCAAAAGACCACUUUGCACCCAAUUACGUGUAUCGGUACUUUUGCGAAUCGCUUCAAUCUCUUGGUCGCUCUGCCCUCAUUUUGAUGGGCGGAUUUUCGCUUGGCAUGUAUCAUUUGGGCGUUGUCAAAGCGCUGUAUUUGCAAAACAUCCUGCCAGAUAUCAUUUGUGGGAUUGAUAUUGGAUCGUUUGUUGCUGCGUUGAUCUGCUGUGUCCCUCCUGAAAGGCUCGAAAAAUUGCUUUUAAACCCAAUUGAAAUGAUCAAUUUUGACGUUUUUAAAGGCAUUUCAAAUGAAGGAUCGAUGAACAGGAAAAUUGCAAGAUACUUGCGCUAUGGCCACUUUUUAAACAUUAAAACCCUUGAAUCGCUCGCAAGAUCCAAUAUUGGCGACGUUACGUUUUUCGAAUCGUUCUUGAUCUCUAAAAAGAUCCUCAACAUUACGGUCUCUCUCGGGAUGAACAAGGACAUAAAUUAUAUGCUUAACUAUUUAACGGCUCCAGACAUUUCUCGACUGGCCUCGCUAUUCAACGUCAAUCACAUCAUCAUUUCUAAAGUUGUUCCUUACCGGGUUUCCUUUAUUGACACCCUUUUCCCGAGAUUGCCAAUCCCAGCUUCUGCGCCUCUUACCACAAAGUUUUUCGGAUUUGUCUAUUCGGAGUUCAAACACUUUCUGUACCAAUUGUAUAGCCUUCGGCUUUUGCCCUCCAUUUUUGAGAGCUUUUCGACACAUUUCCACCCCAUCGAUGGCCUAUACGAGCGUGUUGGGCUAUCUGGCGGCGAUUCCGAAUUGACCCUUGUGAUCUCGCCAAGGUUGAGCUUCAAGGAUGCCGUCCACAUGUUCAGCAUUCCCACGGCAGAUUUGCUGGUGCGUACGUUGCUCAAAGGGGAGCAAACUAUUUGGCCAGAGCUGUCCAAAGUUUCCUCCCGAAUGAAGGUUGAAAAGCUCCUUAUUUCGAUCAUCGACUCUCUCCGGAUGGAGCAAAAGUCGCUGUUUCAGAAAAAUCUUUCUUCUUUGCCAGCCUCGAAGGGUCGAGGCAGGAUGGAAAGAUCGGGAUCGCAAAGUUGCUUGGUGUCUCCAAAAAAAGGCCGGACCAGAUCAUCGAGCGUGCACUAG